UUUUAAGAUGUAGGAGAAAAAUCUGUAAUUGAGGAUGAAGAUCGUUUUUCUCGGGACAGCGUCCUGUUUCCCAACCCCAAGCAGGUUUGGUUGUUUGAUUGCGGGGAAGGAAGUCAAAUUCAACUUCAGAAAAGUUCAAUAAAACCCGGUAAAAUUAGUAAAAUAUUCAUCACUCAUCUGCAUGGGGAUCAUCUGUACGGUUUACCAGGACUGCUGUGUACUCUGGGUAACGGCCUUGAUCCUGUUAAUGGCCAUAAAACCGUUAUUGAACUAUAUGGGCCUGUUGGAAUCAGGAAGUUUGUAGCAACAACUUUGGGCUUAUCAAGAUCUCCGCUAGUUUUCAGUCUUUCCGUGAUAGAACUGGUCCCACUGGACUCCCAGUACCCUCCGGACUGGGCGAACUGGAACGUUUCCCAUCACAUUACGGAAGAUGAAAAGCUUCCAAUGGAAUCUAGUUACAGAGCAGUUAAAUAUUGUGCUCAAGCUAAAGGUUGGUCACUUCUCUCAACACAAGAAUUUAAAGUUUCUGCUGCUGCCUUAGAGCACAGAAUUCCUAGUUUUGGAUUCCAUAUUCGAGAACAGGAUUCACCCGGUCAACUUGAUGUUAACAAAUUACAGGAAGUUGGUCUGAAACCUGGACCUGACUAUGGUAAACUUAAAGCCGGGAAACCUGUGGAAUUUGAAGGAGUUUUAUUGAAACCAGAGGAUUUCCUAGGGUCACCAGUUGUGGGCAGAGAGAUCGUUAUAUUCGGAGACACCUGUAAUAGUGACCAAAUACUAGGUUUGACCAAUUCUCCAGAUAUAUUUAUCCACGAAGCAACUAUGGAGAAUAAGUUCAAGGAGAAAUGUGUAGAAGUUGGACACUCAACCCCUGACAUGGCCGCCGAUAUUGCUCUAAGAGCAAGAGCAAAUCUACUUGUUCUUUUCCAUCUUAGUCCUAGAUAUAAAGAUAUUGGAGAUAUUCUUAAAAAGGACGACUACUCAGCGGAGACCCUGCUUCUCGAGGCCCAGGAAUACCUCAAGUCCAACAACUCUAGAAUGGAGGUCAUGGUGGCCGAGGACCUCAUGGAGGUUAUUGUGCCUCGAAAAAAAUCCUGAUGUUUUAGAUUCUUGGAGUUCAGCCAGUUUCUUCGACCCACAUUUUAAAUAGAAUCUUGCCUGAUUCACGACGAUGUUAUUUCAAAAUUAGAAUAAUACUUCAUUUCUCACCGCACUUUUAAUCUUAAAUCUAGUUUUAAUUUAAGCGACACGAUGAAUAUGCUUACAUGGAUUUUUGCACCAACUCUCUUAACUGAAAUAAUCAUCACUUUUAGAUGCUUUAUCCAUACCAUGAAUUCUUUUUCGGACAUGGAAAAAAAUAUUGAUAAAAAAAUUUCACGGAUUAAAUAAAUUAAGCGAAAAAAAAUAUUUGGAAAGCAUUUUUCGAAUUGUGGCGAGCCAUAGACCUUUCCUGGGGUCAUGUUCGGCCCAAUUGUUUCCUUCGUUAUGACGUUUAUUGGAUACAAAUCAUUUAUUUAGAUAUCUUCUCAUAGACUCAUAUAGAUCGAUUAACACUGAGAUUGUUACUAUGUGAUAAAAUGUGAUAUUGUUUUCUUUAAG